AUAUAAUGUAUUAGUCCCAUCCUGAUCUGACGAUGCAGGGACUGAGUGAGCAGAUCAGUUUCUGUACCACAGUGUGAACGCCUGCUUUGCGCGGCUCUGUGUCAGGUUUGAUAUGGAUGUUUGUGCGCAGACGGGAGAUCAGGGAACACGUGAAAGCAGCGUGUAGCGCGUCAGGAGUGCGCGUUCGCCCUCAGCGCAGAUCAUCACUCCAUUAGAGCACGAGACCGGUUCUGGAUGUGAUCGCAGGCUUUCUGUAUUUCUCAUAUGUUUCAUUGUUUAAUGUUUUCUGUUCCUUGUAGUUCUAUCCCUGUCUCAGAGCACCAUGGCGUGGCCGUGCAUUAGCCGGGUGUGCUGUCUGGCGCAGUUCUGGAACCAGUUUGACAAAUCGGACCUGUCCGUCCCGCUGACUAUCCAGAACUACUCGGAUAUCGCAGAUCAGGAGAUCCGCUCGGUGACCGGAAACGUUCCCGCCGAGCGCGGGCAGGAGCGCGGGCAGAAGCGCGAUCACGCCACCCCGGAGCACAGGGACUCUCCCGCGCUGCAGGACGGCGGAGGCAACCGCGUGAGCCGCAGGCGCGCGGAGCCGAGUUACAAACCGCGCGAGGACGCGCCGUUCACCAGCGUGACACAGUACAAACAGGACUACAAACCGUGGCCCAUCCCGAAAAAAGACAACUUUCCGUGGAUCAGUAACGGCGUCGGGAAAAGCAGCCCGGCCAAGCAGCAGCAGCAGCAGCAAGCGCGCGCAGGAAAAGAGGAGCGCGCGAGCAGACAGAGACACGCGCAGAGCGAAGCCGCCAAAACGAGCUCUUACAGAGAGGAGUACAGGCCCUGGGCAGGGGUUCAGCCAUCCAAGCCUGUACAGAAAAGACCUACAUUCCUGGGUGUGGUUACCACUGACCCUCCUCCUGAGACCAGCUACCAGGCUGCCUUCAGUGCCGACUCACACAGACAUGGGGAAGUCAGUGUGCCAGACAUGACCGCAUGCAUACAGCCCAGCGUUACAGAGAUGGCAGGCAGGCCUGAGGUCAGUUCCAGACCAGAGGAGCAGCUGGUGAAGACAAAGUUGUCCCCUAAUCCUUCUGCUGUGUUCCAGAGUGGAUCACGAGUCUUCAACAUAUGACCAGUGGUCCAGUUAACCCAGAAAACAGAUAUGGACACGGGAUUUCACUGAGACAAUGCGCAUACAGCUCAUUGAGCUUUUAGAGAGCAUUUCAAAAGCUGCAACAACCUUUAACAGGCUGAAAGGGUAACACCGCUGAAGGUUAAAGUGAUUAUUUUAAAGUGACUGAUGGUAUAAUUAAACAAUCAAGGCUAUUUGUCUAAACCAUGCCAUGGUGCUGCAUGGAUAAAAAUGAUGAAGGAAUGUUGGGCUAAUUCCACAUGGUGAAAAAACUAUGCAAGAAAACAAAUUUCCAAAAUUAAUGUCUGUGUCAUGUAAGUCUCUAGUAUUUUGAUAUACAGUGGUACCCUUAUAAAUGAUUGGCUUCCUUCAAGAAAAUUAAUGAAAAAGUGGAAACGUCCAAAAACUGUUACAUCCAUGAAAAUUAUAUUUUGAGCUUAAGCAACAAGGCCCAUUGUAUAGUUUUAUUUAAACACUUUUAGCAGUGAGUACAGGUAGUGUGAUUUCUUUUUGACUACAAAAGUGCUUUUAAAUCACAACACGAUCAGCACAAUUAAUAUUUUGCAUUAUGUUUAGCAAAAUUUCUGGCACUUGUAGAUGAUCUGGGAGCACUCCCUUCUUGCAGAACAUUUCAAGCUCUUUUAUAUUCUAAGGUAUAGAUAUGAUGAGUCCCUUAAACACCAGCUACAAGCCAGCCCCAAAGCAUCAAUGACCCAAAACCAUAUUUUAUAUAUAUUUUUUCCCUUCACAGGUUUAUGGCUGUAUACAGUUCCCUUUUGUCACCAAAACAUGCUGAUGGUAUGCAUGAUCAAAAAGCCUGAUUUCAGUCUCCUCUGGUUAAAAAUACUUUAUGGUUGGACCAAAUUUUUUAUGGCCAUAAUUAUGCUUAGUGGUAUUGUAUCUGCAUAUGUAUUCAAGUGUUUUUUAAUUUAUGUUGACUAACAAUGAUCUGGUUAUUUGGUAUCAAAAGUUUUUUUGGGUUUUCCCCAUGUAAUAGAUGACAAAGGGAUUUUACAUCAGUUCAAGUUUAAAAUGAUUUUCAGGAUUUGCAAUGCUUGAAUUUAUUUCAAAUAUUCCUGCAAUAAUUCUUGCCUUGUUUUUGAGAGAAAAUAGUUAAUUCUAUAGUGCUAAUAAGAAUGAUUUUUAAUAAAUACUAUGAUAGUUUGUUGUGUGUAAAAACAAUAAAAA